UGUGUGCUUCUGUCCGUGUGUCUCUCCAGCCGACAGACCUCUGGCUCCAGACCUUUUUUGAGGAACAGAACACAGACAGAAGGACAGAAGGAGGACAAACACACUGAAGCUGAACACAGAACAAGAUCUGAACUCACCAACUCACAGUGUGAUGUCCGCAGGUCCACAGCACUCCAGCGUUGAGCUGCAGAGGAGACGAGAACAUGCAUCAUAUCAGAUCUUCCCGGAGCCUUCGGAGCAGCCGGAGCCGGAGCCGGAGCCGGUGAAGGAGCGUCUGCCGUCCAUCGUGGUGGAGCUGUCGGAGGAGAGCGGAGGUCUGCAAUGGCCUCCUCUUCACACACAGACCUCCAUCAAUGAGGAAGAGGAGGAAGACCCUUUCCAGGACCACUGUGAGCCCAUCAGCGCCGCUCAGGAGGAGCAGACCAAAGCGGACGGAGCUCCUCGGUUCAAGCGUGCAUCGAUCCCUGGCGUUCAGAUCGACUGCAGCAGACUGACUCCGCCCCCCUCACCGACGUCAUCACACUCGGCCCCGCCCCGUUUUCUAAGCUGAGCGUCAGACAGCACAGCUCACUGUACUUACUGAAGCAUUAGAAUUAAAAGUGUUUUUUCUGUUUAUAGGUUUUACCUUGAAAUAUCAAUCUGAUGGCAAAAUGAUGCGAGAUUAAAAAUUGAUCAUUGCUUUUCGGCAGCAACAAACGCACGUGUAAUUACAACACUGGUGUAUUUACCAUAGUGAGAUGUACUGAUCUAACAGUAGGGGGCUCCAAAGUCGCAAAAAAAAAAAAAAAUACAUACAGUUACUUUUGAGAUUUUGAAAAAUGUAAAACAAAAUGGUAAAGAAAUAAUUUCAUCUAUGCUGUAUUUCUAUGUGACUAAUCAAAUGUAAGUAAACGAGUGUCGUCACUGAUCAUGUGACUCAUCUCAGAUCACGAAGCUGCAGACAUCCAUCAGAAAGUUGAGCGUGUGCUUGCAACGCCAAGGUCAUAGGUUCAGUUCCCAGGGAAUGCAUGAGCCGAUCAGAUGUAUAUUUGCAGUGCAGUGUAAGGGGCUUUGGAUAAAAGCGUCUGCCAAACGUAGAAAUAUGAGUGUAUUUUUGUCUAGUGGUUUCAGACUGUAACUCUAUGUUAUGCAUCUGAUAUACAUUCUGAUGUGAUAGAAAACACAUGACAGAGACUGUUAAUGCUGUAGAUGAUCUAUUAUCACGACACGUUUGAGUGCAAUAGAUUCUAGAGUUUGUGUUUUUGUUUGCACACAGCACUUGUGAUCCGUGUGAUUGUGCUCACUUUAAUCAAUGGAUUCAUCUAACUUCACUCCCAGGGAAAGCAUGAGCUGAUAAAGCGAUGUCUGUGACGCGAGCACAGAGGCAGUCGAACACAAGAACACUUUCCUCCUUGUGUAAGUGUUAAAUAAGAGUCAGAUGGUGUCUGUGUUCACUGUGUCCUGACAGAAUCCCAGCACACACACGAUAACGAGAGAAGAGUUCAGCAAAUUAACUAAUAACUCAACAGCACUGAGCGGUUCCUCCGUCAGAAUGAGUCGAGAUGUAGACUAAACAUCUGAUGACUGCAGACGCUCACAUUCCUGAAGAACACGCUUAACCCUUCCAGUACAUGAGAGCUGACCUCUGACCCUCAGCCACUGCUAACAGGGAACAUUCCCAUAAUGUUAGGAGAAAACAUGCUUAUGACAUUAUUAAUAUCUGAUAUACGCUCUCUGAAUGCUGAGAGGGAAUUUUUUUAAUGUCAAAGGAA